AUGAGAACCGAGACCUCCACGGCUGCGGCGUUCGUCACCCGCCUCCUGCGGGCCGCCGGCGGAAUCGGCGAGGAGCAGCUGCGGUGCUUCCGGGAGUACCUGCAGGAGGCGCUGCGCGAGCACUACAAACACCACUGGUUCCCCACGGCGCCGACCAAGGGCUCUGGGUACCGGUGCAUUAGGAUCAACCAUCAGAUGGACCCGCUGAUCGGCAAGGCGGCGGCGAUGAUCGGACUGAGCCACGAGAGACUUUUCCAGCUCUUGCCCAGCGAACUGACUCUUUGGGUCGACCCUUUCGAGGUGUCCUAUCGGAUAGGCGAGGACGGCUCCAUCUGCGUCCUCUAUGAAAGUCCACAGCCCGGGGCGAAGGCGAGCAAAGCCCUGGAGAGCAGGAGCAGCUGUAAGAAGUGGAGAACUGGCCGGUCCAGCCCGUCCGAGAGUUACAACAUGAUGACGGUUUCUAGUUAGAGCGGCGGGAGCUUUUCACCCUGUAUCAUCCGAGUUGUAACCGUACUGCCAAUCCUUGUGGCCAAGGGCUAACGUGUAAAGCAGCUCUUCAGUCUGCCCGUUACUCUGGAACAUGUACUGUAAAUGCGCUGUACAGCCGGUUGGUUGUUUUACACAUUUAUAUUUUCGAGGAAAUUCCGGUAUUUGUAAUAAAAAGCGACGCUGUAGCACUUCAUGGUGGAUUUUAGUCAAGAUUAACACUUUUUUUGGAAAAAAAAAAAAAAAAACGACAGAAAAACAAACUCAAUUUGAAAGCAAUAACACAAAGGGGAUUAAAGCAGAAGCAGCGAGCUGCACAUCAAUCUCCACUGACUUGUCUGCACAGACUUUUCUCAGGGUCAUUCAAGUUUGGCUGCAGGGCACAAAUCACAGAAGUAUUUUUUACCUUUUUCAAAGCAUGUGAUUAUUUGGGAGCUGGGUUUCAUCACGCCCCGAUGUUCUGACAGAAGGGGUUGGGGAAUUUGUCUAUCUUACUUCUAGUUAGCAAAGUAGAACAAUAAAGACUUGC